AUGGACCCAAAGCCUGCCGAGACCCCAUCAAUGGAUCCAGAGGUGCUGGAUCGAGCCAAUGCUGGGGAAGAAGCUCACCAACUAGCUGUGGGCAAACACUAUAUGGUUUUAGCAGAAUCAGGGGUAAAACCUGAAGAGAAUGGCAACAAGGCAACAGAAUGGUUGAUUCUGGCUUCAAAGCAAGGAAAUGAUACUGCAACUGAACUUCUGUGUCGUUGCAUGGACACAAAAUUGGGUAUCACUGAAAAGAAUGAAGAGAUGAUAAAGUGGUGUCUGACCACUAGCAGUAUGGAGAAGAAAGUGCGUUAUGCCGCCCGCAGGAUGUUUGGUGCCAUCAACAAAGCUCACAAAGAUGUACUGAGUAAAGAAGAGUACCUUGAAGCAAUCAAAGAAAUCACUGGAGAUAAACACACUCGGAAACUACUAGUUGCUGCAGGCAAGAAAAUUGGUGAUGCUAUUUCUGAAGACGCUUUCGUGAAAACUGUAUCAAAAAGAGUUCAAGGGAAAAUUAAUCUUACAGAAGAGGAAGCUGCUGAACAAACAGAAGAAUACAGAAGAUCAAGUAUUUUUAAAAAGAUUCUCAAACACCCUAUCACCACGGGAAAAGUGAUUGGACAACAGAUGCUUGAGAUUGCCUCCAAAAGGGGCACCAGUUGGCUCAUCUCCCUCAUUCCUACCAAUCAAAUCUACAUCAUGCUCCUGCUCUUUAUCUAUGGCUUCAUCACCCCAAGCCUGGUAUUCUUUUUCGUCCCACUCUUCUUCUUCUAUCUCUCCUUUGCAGCCAUGGUGAUCUCCACCCUUCAGAUGUUUUAUGGACGCCAGAAGCUAUCAGACACUUCCACACUAACAUCAGCUCUGAAGAAUUUUGACAUUGGUGUUGAUGUAGAAUCUGUGGAAUCUCAAUUCUGCUGGAACUCUUUGACUCCUUACAUUGUGUUCUUCUCUUCCAUCAUAGCAUCAGUCAUCAGCUUUUCUCUCGCCAACAAGUCGUACAUCCCAUGCUCAGAAGUGUGUAUCAUUGCCUUGAUAUUUGCAGUGAGCUGCUUUAUUGCUCUCAGUGACAGCCAUGACCACUUGACUCUGAUGACCGUUGGAUCCAAUUUGCUUGCAUCCUUGCCUAUCAUCUUGGAUGGCUUUCCUAACAUUCCCGUUCUUAUUCACAUCCUCAAGCUAAUUUCUUCACCCUUCUUCCAGUUACAGGUCCAUUUGGAAGAUGGUUACUCUCCCUGCACUUUACUUGCAGAUUAUCGUUUUACAGACCAACUUCUUACACUUCGUGAUGGAGACGAGAUUGAGUUUGUCGGCCUGAUAGGAGAAAAUUUGGCAUUUGCUGGACCCAAACUCUACCUGCGGCAAGUGAGUGCCAAGAAUCGUGAACUUCCAGCAAUGCUGGAAAUUGCAGAAAUGCAGGACAUUCUCAAGAUUACAUUAGUUGAGGCUCUGUCAGUCACUGUACGUUUCUUCUGGUUCCCUCUUUUUGAAUUUAACCCUGAGGGACAUGCUUAUUGA